GGGUUGCAUCACCUUGCAGCUGAUGCUAGCUCUGACCCGAGCUUUCCAAAAUUUUGCGCACGCCUAGCCGCCUAGCUCUCCUCAUUUGCACGUCACCACUCUCGUCAUGACCUUCACAUCUAGCUACCUAUUCCUAGGCCUCUUUUAGAGAAUAGACAUAUGUUAUUAAUCCCUGCCUAAUACCUCACCGUGCACUAUUAGACCUCAUCGACCUAUUGAUAAUCAGCGCCCUCAUCCCUUCCCAGUGGUCCCGCGAUUAUUCCACCAUUCCCGACGCACCGACGGCGAUACCAACAACCCGAUAGACUCCCCUAAGCGUACUUCGAGCUUCCGAUCGCAAUUUCCCAUUCGGCUACUUUGAAGGGAAAGGGGGGAUCGGGAUGAUACGGGCCUGCCUCCGGACUCUCCGUCCGCUUCUGCAACCAUCCGGCAAUGCCGUCGGGUUACAAAAUGCGCUUGGCUUAGAAGCGCAGUUCCUAAGGCGAGCUUUUUUUUCGAUAUCGCAACCCGGAUUACGGAUCCCAGCCUCGAGGGCCACCCAGAGAAUCGGUUACAGGCCGAGAAUAUCCACUCCUACCAGUAAAGCAUACCAAUCCCCCAUACGAACAAAUAAGCGAUCAUUCCACAAAACCUCGCGGUUACGAGACGCGAAACCCGAUCCGAGCAAACCGAAUACACAAGCGCCUCAGGGGUUAUCCGCGAGGCUCAAGAAGCUAUCCAGAGAAUAUGGCUGGGCUGCCGUUGGCGUGUAUCUGGGUCUCAGUGUGCUAGACUUCCCGUUCUGCUUCUUGCUUGUGCGCGUAGUUGGCACGGAAAGGAUAGGCGAAAUCGAACACUGGGUAGUGUCGCACGUCUCUAUGGCCAUACCAGAAUCUAUCCGCAACAGAUGGCAUGAAUAUCGGUUGGCGCUGAAAGAAGCCAAGCAAGAGCAGUCUCAAGGCGGUGCCGAGGUCGAAGUAGCCGGCUGGGGUGUCGCGGAGGCUGAGCAAAGGAAUAAGUCAGAGGCUAGCCUCGGCACUCAGCUAGCUCUCGCCUACGCCAUCCACAAGAGCUUUAUAUUCCUCAGGGUCCCCUUGACAGCUGCCGUGACGCCCAAGGUCGUCAAAGUGUUGAGAUCCUGGGGCUGGGAUAUCGGAAAGCGACGAGCCAAGAGGUGAUCUCUCAGAAUUGAUAGAACUACGCUUUACUCUACUCCUUUCCGUCAUUUGUAUUAAACAACGCUAUGGCUCCAUCGCGAGUCAUCAGUAUGUACUAUAAGAUGCAUAUAUCAGGGAUAGAUUCUACAGGGGGUUAUAGAAAAAGAUAGAAUCAUCCACCUUCCACAAUCAAAUACGAGACCAGUUAGUUUUUGUUGUAUUCGUA